GUUGUCCUGUUAUGUUUUGUUUGUGAAUUUACCGACAACGUUCCCGAUUUUAUUAUUGCAAGCAUUUUUUCAACAAAUUUAAUAAAAUGUUGCCGCUUUCUUUACUAAAAACAGCCCAAAGUCAUCCCAUGUUAGUAGAGCUAAAAAAUGGUGAGACUUACAAUGGACAUUUAGUGAGCUGUGAUUCAUGGAUGAAUAUAAAUUUACGAGAUGUUAUUUGUACUUCAAAGGAUGGUGAUCGGUUCUGGAGAAUGCCAGAAUGUUACAUUCGAGGUAGCACAAUCAAAUAUUUACGUAUCCCCGACGAAGUGAUUGAUAUGGUCAAAGAAGAUUCUCAGGUUAAGUCGAGAAAUCGCGCCGAAAUGAACAAAAGUCGUGGUGGCGGCGGAGGAGGAGGUGCCAACAACCAAAACCAACGUGGACGAACUGGCAACAGAAAUAACUUUGGCAAUCGCAAUGCCCAAGGUGGACAAAACAGCGGUUCCAGACCGGCAUCGCAAGGUAAUAGACCUCUUGCUUCCGGUCUUAAGAAUAAUAGGAAGCAAUAACUUGGAAAAAUCAAUUGCCCUUAACUAGGAUUUAAGUAGUAGUUGUCAUCAAAAAUAAUAAAAAAAAAAAACUUGUUUAGCUUUUCAAGAAA